AUGGAUUUUAUCAACAACUUUACCUUCGGUGUCGAAUAUGAGCUGAAGCUUCGUAUCACCGUCGACCAACUCCAGGAAGAACUCUCAAGCGAUCUCACCACGAAGCAAAUCCAAGUCGCCACAAACCCAGGCCAAAGAACAACUCUGGUCAACAAGGUCACUGGAGAGCAAUGCGAAUUUCGGGGUUACUCUACGGAGGCCUUGAGAAUCGUUCAAAAACAUAUCCAGGCCAUUCCAGGCUACGAAGCAAUAACCAUCUACCAGGGUUCAGGCAAGCAGGCAGACUUCUCAUCUGCUCCUGUUUACUUGACCCAUGAUGCCAGUCUCAACGGCCUCAACAAAGCUGCCAAGAUUGCCACAGGUUUAUGCACUCCGGACCAGGCAGAUAUCACAGACUUCGUUGGAACAGAGAUCGUGACUGCCCCUCGCGACUCACCCCAAGAAGCCUGUGAUGAAGCCCACAAGAUCUCGGCAGCUCUUCGCAGCGAUGGCCUGGACUAUCACAUUGAUGAUGAAUGUGCCAUGCACAUUCACGUCGGCAAACAAGACGGCACUCACUUCGACAUCAAGACACUACAACACCUCGCUUAUCUUGUAUUGAUCUACGAGCAUGAAUUUGCUCGCAUGACUAUACCUCGCAAGCGUGGAGGUGAUUUCGAGACCAGAUCAAACCGCCUCGAUUUUGCCACCGAGUGCCCGUCGCCUGAGACCCAUCGCGCAUAUGUUUGCGACCAGGAGGGCAACAUCUCCGAAGGAUCUAUUCGUAAGGCCCUUUUUGAAAAAGUGGAUUUGGCAGAGGAUCCACACAAGGCUUUUGUCAAGCUCAUGGGCGACAAAGGCCACAUCGUCAACUUUUCGUACAGCGCUCGAGACAUCCGCAACAACGAACCAGCAGCCACAGUCGAAUUCAGACAACACCAGGGCACUCUUGAUGGCGAUGACGUGCUCCACUGGUCUCGUCACUGUACAGCCCUCGUCGCCCUGGCCCAAAAAUAUGCCGACAACAACGCCCGAUACCCCGUCACCACCUGGGAAGACAACAUCGACAUUGAACAACUAUGGAGGGAGAUGAAGCUUCCCGAAUCGACCAAGCAGUUCUAUCGCAAUCGUAUCCAGGAGUUUGAUGAGCGUUGGCCCGACGUCCACCAGACUCCUCUUUGCGAACCCGAUAUGGUCUUUGAUGACGAUUUCUCUUUUUCCGACGAAGAGUCUGAAGGCUCUGCACCCAGCAUGACAGAAGACGACGUGGAGGAGGAGUGUUAG